AGUUUGACCAAUAUACCAGCCAGACGAGUUACCAUUCAUCAGUCACAGUUGCCACUGCGUUUGGAACCGGUGCUAUCGUGCGCCACACCUCUAUGUACCUAUUACAACAAUUCGGGGAAGGCAGAGUGUAUAACAUUAAAUCAGAAUGUAACUAAAUAACAGUGAUUUUUUUCAACAAUUAUUUCUCUUCGCCUUCCUUAGGUACUAAGUCGAAAAACUUUUUAUUACUUUCUAAAACGUAUUUAAUUUUCCGCGUGUGCGCGCCAACAAAACGUGUGUGUGUAUAAAUAAAUAUUAAUUUUAUAGUUUGUUAAACUGCGUUCGACAUGACUAUAUCAUAUGCCGGUGAAGUCCCAAAUGGCAGCAGUUUUGGUUGUUUCUGGCGAAUAUUGUGCAAAUGGCGUGGAAGUGUAUAUAAGCUGGUGUGGCGUGAAUUACUAGCAUACCUCACAUUAUAUUACACUAUUAAUUUAUUAUAUCGAUUUGCUAUGACUGAACAACAACAAAGGAUAUUUGAAAAGGUACGGCAGUACUUCGGUGCGCAGAGUGAAUCGAUACCAGUCUCGUUCGUGCUUGGCUUCUACGUCAGCCUGGUGGUGAAGCGUUGGUGGGAGCAGUACAAACUGUUGCCCUGGCCCGACACGCUGGCCCUCUUCAUAUCAGCCGGCAUACCUGGAGCGGUUAGUAAAGAUGAGACUGGUAGAUUAAUGAGAAGAAACAUCGUUCGGUACGCUAUAUUGGCUUAUGUUAUAACAUUGCAAAGGGUAUCCUUGAGAGUGAAGAGACGGUUUCCAACGUGGCAGCAUGUCGUGGACUCUGGACUAAUGCUUGAAAGCGAGCGUAAAGUGUUUGAGAAGAUGGAUGGAAAAAGUCCAAUGUCAAAAUAUUGGAUGCCACUCGUAUGGGCUACGAAUAUAAUAAACAGGGCCAGGAAGGACGGUCUUAUUACUAGUGACCAUAUAGUACAAACGCUGUUGGUGGAGCUCUCGGAUAUAAGGAGGCGAUUGGGAGCGCUCAUUGGUUACGACACGGUUUGCGUUCCUCUCGUUUAUACUCAGGUGGUGACAUUAGCUUUAUAUACUUACUUCGUGGCAGCACUGAUGGGACGACAGUUGGUACCGCCUGCCCCCGGAAGCACUUCCAAAUACGAACCUGACGUUUAUUUCCCACUAUUCACGGCACUGCAGUUUUGUUUCUAUGUGGGUUGGUUGAAAGUCGCCGAGGUAUUAAUUAAUCCUUUUGGUGAAGAUGAUGACGAUAUUGAACUUAACUGGUUGAUAGACAGACACAUUAAGGCUGCUUACAUGAUUGUUGACGAAAUGCACGAAGAACAUCCCGAACUCCUCAAGGACCAGUAUUGGGAGGAGGUAGUACCUAAAGACUUGCCGUACACAGUCGCUUCAGAACACUACAGACGGCACGAGCCGCCCUGUUCUGCGGACCAUUACAAAGUGAAGGCUGAAGAUGCCGUGUACGCCAAUGUCCAAGCACCAAGGAAGAGUCAUGACGAAACAUACGCGGAUUACGAGAGUGUUGAUACACCGCUUGUGGAGAGGCGAAAAAAUUGGUUCCAAAGGCAGAUAUCUAGAAUGGGUUCUGUACGAUCAGCAUCUACAGCAUAUUCCUCUGGCGGAUUAUUUGGAAGGAAUCGACAUAAUUCUAUGGUCUAUUCGAGUCCUGAGGCCGGUCAGCCCACAGCACCGCCUCCGCCACACCACAAAAUGUCUCUGUAUGAGAGACUGGUCGGCCGCAAGUCUGGAAGAGGCCAGCAUAGACAAAAUACAAAACAUGGUCAACGGAGCAACGGCUCAGCGAUACCAACGACGUUACGGAACCGGCCGCGUAUUCCGACACCCGACGUUACAAAAGAGGUCAUGGAUAGGGAAAACCGCCUUGCCAUGGGAAUGCAGAACAUGGGGGUUAUAAUGGCACACCAGGGCUAUCAGAACGAAGUGCCUGUCCUCGGUGCUCUUGUGCUAUCCCCCAUCCAAGAGCUGGACAGUGGAUCUGUGAAUAACACGCUGCAUGCGGGACAGCCGGGGACGACUGCGCUUGCGCAGGCUGUCCUUUCGCCAAGCUUGACUCAAGGUCUGUCACCAAUAUUAACCGGGCCGGUGAUAUCCCCAGUCACGCUCUCCCCCAUGGGAGUGUCCCAGCUGACGUCGCUGGUGAACGGCUCAGCGCCUUCGACGCCGCGCACCGACCGCGUGGUGACGCCGCUAGCGACGCGCGCCACCGUCACCGAGCUGCCUUCGGACCGAGAAAGCGAGCACAGCGGCAGCGGCACGCCGCCCGGCCUCAACCGGAACUCGAAGGGAUCGAAACGCGGCGAAGUAUACGUAUAAUCGACUCCAACAUCACAAAUGGUUAGACGAUGUCUACGCAAGCGGGAUCGUAUCGAAUUGUAGCUAUAUUCUUUAAUAUAAUGAAUAAAUCCUUUCCGGAUAUUUCGCAGUUCCGCGGGCGCUUCAAUUCAAAUUUAAACUUUGACUUAAAUACCCCAAAUUUGAGGACUCUUGAUAUAGAGAUGAAAACAAUAGAAUUUAUAAUUAAGUUUAAAGGUGUCAUAUUAAAUAGACCAUAAUACAUAUUAUGUAGGUAAAUUGUAUGAUUAGCCUGCUAUAUCACGGCAAUUUAAAGGCUUCCGAAUACGUCACACUUCAAUCGUUUGAACCUUCGAUCAACAACACCAACCAGUUUACGGGUCACGUACAAUACGAAAUCAAUUUGAAAGCUUAUUUCUAUCCCCGUGAUAUUAUACACCUAUAUUUGCAUCGUAAUAAAAGGCGAGAAGUAUUUUAAAAGUUGACCUACAAACUUAUUCUUACAAUUUUUGAUUAUUGGAAUACUAUUAUUAAUGUUAUCGGCAUUGCCUUUUUCGCUGCCUGUUUAAUUAAAGUCAAUUAAACUUAUAAAGAGCUUACAAGUGCGCGUUAUCCAGUUGAUAUUGUUGAUCAAAGGUUCAAAUUUUUACGUGAUACACCUACAUUAUUAACUUGUAACCGGAUUGCAACUAAAAUGAUGCAAUUUUAAUUACUGUUAGUUUUUAUAUAAUACGAUAAUUGUAAAUAAGAUUUAUAGGUAUACAAUAUUUUUAUAAUUAAUUAUUUUUGUCAAAUGUGGAAUAGAAACCUUUGCAAUGUGCGCUGGCCGCUUAGACAGAUGAAGUGAAAUAACCGUAAAAAUGUGAACCAGCGUGAUGUUAUAAUGUUUCAACAUCAAUAUGUAAUACAAUAUAAUUAGUAAGAGCGUUUGAUCGCAUCUAGUUCCUAGUUGGAGCUCGUAAACGUACCUUAAUAUAGUAAAUAAUCCGUCCAUAAAGUGUGGUGCUUUAUAUACUUAUUGUAAUCGAAUGAACUGAAUCUCUAUUUGACUGAAUGACGAAACAUCUAUGAAAAUUUUGUAACGUGUUGUACGUAAUUAUAACUAUAUGUACCGAAGAAUUUCAACUUUUGAUUUUACGCACAAGCAGGGAUUGAUUUGUGUAGCUUUAUAAAAGUAUUUUAAUACA